CACGGAAAGCGUUGGGCCCAUGGUGCGCCUGCCCCCCACACCGUGUUUGUGCUGCCGCCCUCGCAACAGAGUGUGUUUCUGCUCAGCCUCACAGACAUGGCUGCUUUAAGUAAGAUACCACACAGCUGCUACGAGGUCGGUCAUACCUGGCACCCGUCGUGUGUGCAGUCUGCCGCAGACAUAACUAAGGGGGCUCUGGAGGUGUCCUUCAAAAUUUACGCCCCUCUUUACCUGAUAGCAGCAGUUCUACGGAGAAAGAAGAAGGAUUAUUAUUUAAAGAGGCUCCUCCCUGAGAUCCUGUGGUCUACCUCUUUCCUUACUACCAAUGGAAGUCUCUUCAUUGUUUUCUUCUGCAUUCUCAGGAAAUUGCUUGGAGGGUUUUACCCAUGGUCCUCAGGGUUUGGGGCAGCUUUGCCAGCCUCCUACAUCGCCAUCCUUCUGGAGCGGAAGAGCAGGAGAGGUCUGCUGACAAUAUACAUGGCAAAUCUUGCCAGUGAGACUUUGUUCCGCAUGGCAGUGACACGAGGCAUCGUCAAGCCCAUUAGACACGGAGAGGUGCUCUUGUUCUGUAUAACUGCAUCAAUCUUCAUGUUUCUCUUCAGAAGCAACGACGGCCUUAAGGGCUUCGCAUUUUCUGCACUAAAAUUCAUUAUUGGGAAAGAAGAGAUUCCAACUCACUCUAACAUGGCAGACUCUGUUGGCACGCCAGCUGCCAUAGAGACCGAACACUCACAGGUCUCGGCAGAAAAAGCCGACCACAAGAGGAAAACUCUGAUCGCCUACACCAGGAAGCUGCUGGAAUCAAUAUGCAAACAUGGUCCAAGACACAGAUGUUGUAAACAUUACCAGGAUAACUGCAUUUCCUACUGUGUUAAAGGUUUCGUCAGGAUGUUCAGUAUUGGCUAUCUUAUCCAGUGUUGUCUCAAAGUGCCCUCAGCAUUCAGGCAGAUGUUCUCCAAACCAUCUCGGCUGCCUUCUGUCUUCUACAACAAAGAGAACUUCCAGCUGGGGGCCUUUCUAGGCUCUUUUGUCAGUAUUUAUAAGGGAACGAGCUGCUUGUUGCGCUGGCUGCGUAACAUUGAUGAUGAACUUCAUGCACUGAUAGCUGGCUUCCUGGCUGGUGUCUCGAUGUUCUUUUACAAAAGCACAAGCAUAACCAUGUACCUCUUCUCUAAGUUGGUGGAGACCAUGUACUUCAAAGGCAUUGAAGCAGGCCGGUUCCCUUACUUUCCACACGCAGAUACGAUUAUUUAUGCCAUCUCCACUGCUAUCUGUUUCCAUGCUGCAGUAAUGGAAGUGCAGAACCUCAGACCUUCAUACUGGAAGUUCCUGCUGCGUUUAACAAAGGGCAGAUUUGCUCUGAUGAAUCGAGAGCUGCUCGACGUGUUUGGGACAGAGGCAUCCAGGAAUUUUAAAGGGUUUGUGCCCAUGUUGGACCCUCGCUACACCACCGUAAUCAGCCGGACUGUGCUUCCACCUGGAGGGGACGCUAAGCUUGGGUGACUUGGGGCAAAAGUCUUGAGAUAAGACAAAAGAAAAGACAAGAGAAAGUGGACCGUUAGAGUUACUUAAGGCUUUGUAAAGAUGACAUACCUGAGAAGAAGAAAUAUUGUAGCGAUUCAAAACCUGAAGAUUGGGUCAAAGCAGGACAUUGUGACUUUCAUUUGUGAAGCAGCACAAGUAAGCAUACUGACAGUGAUUGAACACUUGCAGGUAGCAGGGAAAAAUAAAUAAGAUCCAUAAUUACUUUCAAAACAUAUCAUUUAGUUUUAAAAAAUUCUAGUGUAACUACACUGAGCAAAGCAGAAAUCUCACAAAGAAGCCCUUUUCCUUUCUGAGUAGAAGACCAGGCUCACAUUAGAUAACCUUCAAACCUACUGAUAAUCAGUCUUCAGUUAAUAAAUUGUUAUAAAUUCACUCUGGCAAAAGACUGCAUAUGAAAGGAAAAUAUAUGAUGUCCUCUUAAUACAUUUUAACCGUUUCAGAAAAUCUAAUAUUCUUCUCUGGUUCAUGAAAUUUAAAGUUAAAAUAAAGGAGAAAUUUAUUUCCAGCCUACUCAACAAGGACAUGACUAAAGCUAUAGUUUUUUUUGGCAGUAAAUACAAUUUAUGCUAAAAUGUAAACUAGAGUGAUGUAAAUAAUCUCAGUUUCACUAUGGCGUCCAACGUUCAGCUCUUUAUUCAGGAAGACUUAUGAUGUUAGCAGUUUUAGUUUACUGCAUAAAAACACACACUCGUUCAAUUUCCAGUCAUGUCUUUCAGUUUUAAGUCACCAUUUUGUUCUUUGUGACGACAUUGUUUCAUUGGUUUUGUUCAGAUAAGGGAUGGAAAGCAAAGACUGAAUAAAAUGUGGAGAAAGUAACUUCUUCGUUAGGUACUGGUGUGAGUACGUACGUAUGUGUUAAGCUGAAAGUUUUUUUUUAAUUUUUUUAUUUUCAUGAAAAUCUAUUCUGAGCCACAAAAGGGUCAAAGACCAAACGGUGCAUCACCAGUUAGCAUGUUUUAUCUUCGUGGGCCAGAUAUUUUCUGUUUUUAGACAAGAAUGAGUAAUGGAAGGUGAUGUGUGAUCAGUUAAUAUAAUUUCUUUCAUUCCAGCCAAAAAUAACGAAUCAGAUAAUUUCUUCAUAAUUAGUUUAAAAAAGUUCGCAGACAUAUUUAUUAAAUAACCACAUGUUAGCCAGCCAUAGGAAAUGAAUGUUUUUUCAGCAGUUUAUAAGAAAAAAAUAUUUUUGAAUCCGGUUUAGUGUCGCCAGAACGUUUGAGAUACUUCAUCUAGAGCUCCUAGUUUCCCUCAGAGUAUGAUGUUUUUUUUUCAGUCAAUGUUCAUUUCCUGUAAAUUGGAUCACAUUUACAUAUGCCUGAGAUA